UACUGCAGGAGGAGGUCCACUUAGAGUGACUGUCAAAAGGACCUCUGUCGUUGCGUAGUGUGUAAUACUCUACUCCUAAAAUUCUCCAAACACGCAACGAGGACCAUGGCACUCAACAGCGCCCAUGCUGGGAAAGGAGUCUUAAUUUACUCCGGAGAAAGUAUUAUUCUCUUCUGUGAUCAUGUUACAAUGGAAUUUGGGGGGCAACUCCCUGCUGAAAUGAGAGGAAGUAAGACUGGUCGUCUCUACCUCACAACUCAUAGAAUGAUUUUCAACAACAAGGAGAGCAAAGAUUCAUUGCAGUCAUUUGCAGCUCCAUUUUUUUCAUUGAAGGCAGUGGAGCUUGAGCAGCCAGUGUUUGGUGCAAAUUAUAUCAAAGGGGUUGUGAAAGCACAGCCUGGCGGGGGAUGGACAGGAGAAGCAAAGUUUAAGCUAACAUUCAAACAUGGUGGUGCCAUUGAAUUUGGUCAGGCUAUGCUCAAGGUGGCUUCUUUAGCUUCUCGCAACAUGAACUCCAGUUUCCAAGAUGCUCCCCCUCCAUACACACCACCUGCAGCCGGGUGGUCACAGGCUCCACCACCUGCCUAUGCGCCAUCUGCUGGUGGUUAUUAUGGCUGGGUACCUCCAACAAAUACAUUCCCUGACAGGCCUCCAGCUGAUGGUGUAUUCAUGUAUGAUGCCCCACCUCCAUAUCCUGGAAUCAGCGGCCAAAAUGGGUAUGGCUUUACUGGUGCAACUGGAAUGUCUGCUGCAGAUGCCAAAGCCCAGGAAGCAGCUCAAAGUGCAGCUCAGAGUGGUUAUUAUGAUCCAUCUGCCCCUCAGUACGCGUAUGUUCCUCCUCCAGCUUACUCUGAAUCACCACCAUCAUAUGAUGCUGCCACCAAAAAGUCCCAGUGAAGCCUUUCUUUUCUGUGAAACAGUUCUCCUCACCAUCACAUUUGUUAGACAUCUGGCGUCAGUGAGUCAUUUCAUGCAUUAGUUACAUCAUUAUUUUGAUCCUUAUUGAGGUUUGUGCAAUCAUUCUUGGUAUUCCGGAUCCUGUUUGAUUAGAUUUCAUUACCAGAUAUUGG